AUGAAGCCUACGGCACCGCGCUACAUGGCCCAGGGCAUAUGGGCGGGUUUCCGAUACUACAUCGGCCACUUCUUUUACCCCAACAUGUACCGAGAGUUCCUCUCCGUCCAGAACGCCCACAAGGUGGAACGUGCCCUCCGUAUUCAAAGCGCAAUCAAGGCGAACAAGAUUGAUUACCGCGCUCUGUUGGCGCUUCCAGUGACAGACCACGCCCACCCGUACAAGAUGGAGUACCCAUGGGAAAAGGUGAUCCAUACGGACCCCCGAAACCUUAGUGGAUACGGGAAGUGGUACGCCAGCAAAAUUAUGUGCUUCUAUGAAGGCCUGCAGUACCACAAGUACGGCUGCCUCCAAGAUGAUCUCAUCAACGCUCACGGCUGGUGGAAUCGCGCUGCUCGGACCCGUGCCCCUCAAGACAAGGUCGUGCACGGGGAUCGUCGUGUGAUGCGUGCCCGCGUGCUGCGUGACAAGUACAUUUAUGAGCCAAAGAGCCGGUGGGUGCACCCCAUUGACAAUGUCGCCUAUUUCGGUCCGUACGUCAUGAUGGUGUGUGACGAGUGGGAGGAAAAGUGGGGCUUCUUCGCCGGUCAGGAGGUGGAGUACUAG